UCGGUACAAGUUGGACGCACGCAAGGCAUCGUCGAGGCGCGUUUGGUCGUUCGCUUUUGGUGCCGUGUAAGUUCGCGCUUGUGGCUUCUUCUGGUUUUUUGAACGUGAACGUGAGACAGUUUGGCGGCAUCCUAGUUCAGGGUCAUUCUAGUUCAGGGAAAAUGAAGAAUGCAUUUCUGGCUUCGGCGGCUCUGCUGCUGGCGGUGAUCGGUGGAAUUGUAGCUCAAAACAUUCCCUGCACGACUCCUAACAACCUGCCCGGAAUGUGUGUGCCGGUAAUGCGCUGCCGCAACAUUUUCGCCGCCAUCCAAAUGAAGGAUAAACUGACGGCGCCGAUGUUGAACUUCAUCAGGCGCUCGGUGUGCCAAUAUCCGAACGUUAACUACGCCGUGUGCUGUCGACUGUCCGAGCUGGGUGCUGGAUCCGGUUCCGGUUCUGCCCCUAGUGGUGGGACAUCGACCGUGGGUGCGAGUUCGCUUCUACCCAGCGACUGCGGAACCAUGGAGUCCGAUCGAAUAUCUUUCGGCAACCUUACCCAAGCGUUUGAAUUCCCAUGGAUGGCACUGCUACGGUAUCGGAAUUUUAACGGUGAACUGGUCGAUGGGUGCGGCGGUUCUUUGAUUAACGAUCGAUACGUGCUGACAGCCGCGCACUGUCUGAUAGCGAAACGACUGCAACUUGACCAUGUUCGAUUAGGAGAACACAACAAAGAAACCGAGCCCGACUGUGUGGAUUCAGACGAUUGUGCAGGUCCGGUACAAGAUGUGCCCGUUGAAAAAAUUAUCAUCCACCCUGAGUACAACAAACCAAAGUACAGAAACGACAUCGGUCUCAUUCGGCUAGUGAGAAAAGUUACCUUUGAAUAUCACAUAAAACCUAUCUGCCUGCCAGUCAACAACCAGCUGCAAACCAUGACUCACUCCAAGUAUAUCCUCACGGGAUGGGGAACCACCGAGGAAAACGUUCAAUCACAGGUGUUACUGAAGGCCUCGGUGCCUCAGUUGGACAACGAAAGCUGCGAGAGAAUUCUCCUAGCCAACAAUCUCAAGAUCGAGCUUUUCGAAAAACAGAUGUGUGCUGGUGCCCAGGGGCUGGUCGAUAGCUGCCAGGGCGAUUCCGGGGGACCUCUGGGGACGAUAGCAACUCUCAACAAUCAAGCCCGAUUUGUACAGUUUGGAAUCGUAUCAAUCGGGAUCAACAGCUGCGGGCAGAAACCGGUACCAAGCAUUUACACCAAAGUGGCACCCUACAUGAGUUGGAUUGUGACCAAUUUGAAGCCUUCUCGGUGACAAGAAGAAUUCGAAACUUAA